CUCACUCUUCUCCAUUUCGCUCUCUUCGCUCUGAUGUCUCUGAAUUGUGGUGCGUAAAAGUUUCAGGCCUCAUUGAAACAGGAAACAGUGUGUGAAUAUAAAAAACCCUCCUGUGACGUCUCUCCACUCAGAUGUACUACAGAGCACUCUGCACUGCUACACCUACAGAGCCUCUACCUACCACCACUGGCUCCUUUCCCCUUGGAACACCACAAAGGAGAACACUCUUUCUUCAUUGGAGCUUAAAGAACUCUCACACAGACACACACAUCGUACAUACACACAUCGUACGCUCGUUCCACAUGUGAACACUACCAGCAGUGUGAAACUCCCAGACCCACUGGACUCUUCCGCCCUCUGGGCUGCACCUCUAUCCUUGUGCUACUCUACGGUGGGACUCUACAGCUCUGCCAUCAACCCAUUCCACAGCAUCAGAAGACUGACGAUCACCAGUGCCACAACAGGGAAAUGCUAGUCCUCUGGUGACCCAUAAGAGCUCCACAUCGCCAUGGGCAGUUGGUCCAGUAAAGAGUGUCCGGGAUCCAGCACUCAGGCAGCCUUGCUGGGCCAGGAAGAGCCCACUGAGUCUGUCAUACUAGAGAGCAGCAGCUAUGUGGUAGUGGCCCUGUAUAACUAUCCCACUGGACACCCAGCACACUGCAGCAUCCGUGCCGGAGAGAGACUCGACGUGCUUUCAGAUGAGGGGGAGUGGUGGAAGGUGAGUUCCUCUGCCACAGGCAAUGAGAGCUACAUCCCCAGCAACUACACAGCCAGGGUGUACCACCGGUGGCAGUAUGAGGGUCUCAGCCGGAAAAAAGCUGAGGAGCUCCUGUUGCUGCCCUAUAACCAGACUGGCUCUUUUCUGGUCCGCGAGAGUCAGACCCGCCCUGGUGCCAACUCCCUGUCGGUGCGUAAGAGCAGUGACCAGGAUCGUCGCUCAGUCAAACACUACCGGAUCCAACAACUGGACAACGGCUGGCACUACAUCUCCCCUGGCCUCACCUUCCCCAACCUCAGAGCCCUGGUGGACCACUACUCCGAGGUCGCUGAUGGGCUGUGCUCUCUGCUGGGGGAGCCCUGCUUCAUCCAGGGGUCCAACAACGUUCCCGUGGUUACUGGCUCACCCCCCAUGUCUGUCAGGAAGCCCACCCUCAACUGGAAAGAUAUGGACAGCUCCAUGAUUUUUGGCAAGGACAAAGGCCAGGACAAUGAGGAUUCCCUGGUGAGCGAGGGAUUGAGAGAGGCCAUCAAAUCCUACCGCUUCAUGACAGAGGACUGCAAAGGCUGCAGCCAGAAAUGGGACAGCUGAGCAUGGAUCUGGCUUCAUAAAGACAGGGAGAUACUCAGAUGAAAAGACUGUAAGAUGGAGAGCUUCACAACAAGCUACUCAUUGAGGCUGAGGGGAUCCUGAGGACCAGACAUUCUGGCCAUGAUCCCAAUGGAUCUCUAACAUUAAAGGAAUGUUGUUGAGGGAACUGGAAAUCACAACUCAACCGCUGCAGAGAACCAUGGUUCUCAAAGCUAUGGUUGUAGAGUGCUCAACAUUACAUUGCCAAGCAGCUGAGGCCCAUCUUUGUUUGGAUUCAUGACCAGAAUAUAUUUUUAGAUCCUGGAGGCAGACUAUGCUAGACUUGACAGAAAGAAGGGAGUAUCUGUCCCCAUAGGAAUACAAGUGUGUCAGAACAAAUCCAACUGAUUAUAUGUUGUAACAUGAAACAAGUGUCCUGAAAGAGAGAUGACCAAAUGAUGCUCAUUGUGUGCAUGAUCUCUGUAAUGUUAAACUAAAUAGUAGGUAUGAAGAGAGUGACAUGAUAUGUUGAAAUAUCAUGAUCUUUGAUAGACUGUGUAUUGAAAUGUUCCAUUCAACCUUGCUCAUGAUUAUGAGUAACCACAGCUGAUUACAAUGUUCCUUACAGAAAGUAGUUUGAAAGUGAGAUAUACAGCCAUAUGAAAGUGAUCCCGUAACAUCAAUAACAAGACUAUUUGGUUGGUUUUGUUGAAGUGUGCUACCUUGAAAACAAGGAACUGUGAGGUAUAAAAAUGAGUCUGUUCGACGUAUGUGAUUUCUGUUCUGAACAUUAACACCUUUUAGCUGUUGCUUGUUCUCCUCCGCACCACAGUCUUGACUUUGGCACAGGAAAUGGUCAAGGUGCAGAGGAAAGAAUGAUGGCGUGACAGAGACAGCAGAAAGUUGAGAGAGUGGUAAAGAGCAUCUCAAAGUUAUGUAAAAUAUUAUGGUAUGAAACACUGAAAUGUUUUUAUGUGGUUUCAUCAACAAACAAUACAUUAUGUUCUCAA